UUGGUUGGUGAGUAAAGUGGGUCCAUUCGAGUCCCAAUUCAUGCUACUACAAGUAUUUUUGAUCGUCAAAACCGAAACUGUGUCUUGUCGUCUUCGCUCCGUUCAACACAGCGAAUCAAGGACUUGCCCGUGACUCACCGGCGAUUGUCUCAGUUGAAUCUCAGUUUUCACAGUCAGAUUGAAAAUUGAAGAAAAAUGGCUGUAGUUGCUUCUGCUCCUGGGAAGGUUUUGAUGACUGGGGGUUACCUUAUUCUGGAGAGGCCUAAAGCGGGGAUUGUACUCAGUACAAAUGCUCGAUUCUACGCGGUUGUGAAGCCGCUUUAUGAGGAAAUGAAACCCGAUAGCUGGGCAUGGGUAUGGACGGAUGUGAAAUUAACAUCUCCUCAGAUGUUGAGAGAAACUUUGUACAAAAUGUCACUAAAAGAUUUAACACUUCAGAGUGUCUCUUCAAGUGAAUCAGGGAACCCUUUUGUAGAAUAUGCAGUGCAAUAUGCUGUUGCAGCAGCACAUGCAACAUUUGACGAGAAUAAGAAGGAUGCUUUACACAAACUACUUUUGCAAGGUCUUGAUAUUACAAUAUUGGGUUGCAAUGACUUCUAUUCGUAUCGGAAUCAGAUUGAAGCACGUAAACUCCCUUUGACACCAGAAUCAUUGGCUUCCCUUCCACCUUUCACUUCAAUUACCUUCAAUGCUGAAGAAUCAAAUGGAGAAUGCAAACCAGAAGUCGCAAAAACUGGAUUGGGAUCAUCUGCAGCUAUGACAACUGCAGUUGUUGCUGCUUUACUUCAUUACCUUGGAGUUGUUGACCUUUCGUCCUUGACAAAAGAACAACACCAAGAAAAGGACGAUGUGGAUCUUGAUGUUGUGCAUGUGAUAGCUCAGACUUGCCACUGUAUUGCACAAGGGAAAGUUGGAAGUGGGUUUGAUGUCAGUUCUGCGGUUUAUGGCAGUCAGCGUUAUGUCCGGUUUUCACCAGAAGUGCUUUCUUCUGCUCAGGGUGCAGUUAGAGGUGCACCAGUAGAAGAAGCCAUUGCUGAUGUCCUAAAAGGCAAUUGGGACCAUGAAAGAACUAAAUUUUCCCUGCCUCCACUGAUGACCCUUUUACUAGGUGAACCAGGAACUGGAGGAUCAUCAACACCGUCAAUGGUAGGUUCUGUCAAAAAGUGGCAAAAAUCUGACCCUCAACAAUCCCUAGACACAUGGAGAAAAUUGUCAGAUGCAAAUUCAGCACUCGAAGCACAAUUCAAUAUGUUAACCAAAUUGGCAGAAGAACAUUGGGAUGCUUAUACAUGUGUCAUCAACAGGUGCAGCAUGCAUAGGUCAGAAAAGUGGAUGGAGCAAGCCAAUGAACAGAGCCAAACAGAAGUUGUUAAAGCAUUGUUAGGAGCAAGAGAUGCUAUGCUUGGAAUCAGGAAUCACAUGCGCCGGAUGGGUGAGGCUGCUGGUGUCCCAAUUGAACCUGAAUCACAAACUCGGCUCUUGGAUGCUACUGUGAAUAUGGAAGGAGUUUUGUUGGCUGGAGUUCCCGGUGCAGGUGGGUUCGAUGCAGUUUUUGCCAUCACCUUGGGGGAUUCAAGUAGCAAUGUGACCAAAGCAUGGAGUUCACAAAAUGUUCUGGCCUUGCUUGUGAGAGAAGAUCCUCGUGGUGUUUCUUUAGAGAAUGGCGAUCCACGAGCCAAAGAAAUUACAUCAGCCGUUGCUUCAGUUCAGAUCAAAUAAGCCAGAUAUUCCGGUGCACCUGGUUCGUUACAGACGGGGGAUUUCGUAAGUUGAGUAAGUCAAUGUUCCGAGCAAGAUUUACAACCUUUUUUCUUUCUUCUUGUUUCGCUGAGUAGUUAAGAGGACCUGUUUCAUUGGUGAAGGUAAAAAAAAUCUUUGCUAGACAAUAAAGGUCUAAGUUAAUACCUGUUGUAAUUUCCUUGAACAUUGUAAAAUGCAUAGUUGAUAAUCCUUUUUUUUUUUUUUUUUAAUUCAGUCCCAAAACUCCAAUAAUGUGUUCCUUGGAACUUGAUAGAUGAGAAAGGAUUCGUGAUUUUAAUAUCAAAUAGUUAACCCAAUGAGUUGGUUUGUUGAUUAA